UUCUCCCUGCUAAUAUAUGUGCACUUCAGGGCAUUUCUUUCUUGAAAUCUUGAAACGCGCCAAGCAGUUCCAGACUGCGUCGAGAUUUAGACACCUGAUCCUCCUCUUCACUUUUUAGCUUUCCAAUCCGCAGACAACUGCACCUGAGCCAAAGGCGUAACACAAUGGCUGGAACACCAGCAACGCCGUUGUCUAAGAUACAACGGAAUUUCUCAUCUACUCCUGGUGGUCCCAAAGUUCGGGAGGAGAAACUAGUGACCGUUCGGAUGAGGCCACUGAACCGGAAGGAACAAGCCAGGUACGACCUAAUUGCUUGGGAUUGCUCGGAUGAGCAAACCAUUGUUUUCAAGAAUCCAAAUCAAGAGAGGCCUGGGACGUCAUACACCUUCGAUAAAGUUUUUGCUCCUACAAGUUCAUCUCAAAGGGUUUAUGAAGAUGGAGCUAGGGACGUUGCUCUAUCAGUGGUUUCGGGAAUUAAUGCGACAAUUUUUGCAUAUGGACAGACUAGCAGUGGUAAGACAUUCACGAUGAGAGGCAUAACCGAAAAUGUUAUUCGGGACGUUUACAUGUUUAUCGAGAAUACACCAGGAAGGAAUUUUAUUUUAAGAGUCUCCGGGAUGGAAAUUUAUAAUGAGAUGGUCAUAGACCUUUUGAAUCGUGAAUCCGGCCCUCUCCGCCUCUUGGAUGAUCCUGAGAAAGGGACUGUUGUGGAAAGACUAACUGAAGAAGUAGCCAAGGAUGGUCAACAUCUAAGGCACUUGAUCGGCAUCUGUGAAGCUCAAAGGCAAGUUGGAGAAACUGCUCUAAAUGAUAAAAGCUCAAGAUCGCAUCAAAUAAUCAGGCUGACCAUAGAGAGCAGCCUAAGGGAAAGUUCAGGCCGUGUGAAGUCUUAUUUAGCCAGUCUGAACCUGGUGGAUCUUGCUGGAAGUGAACGUAUCUCUCAAACAAAGACAAGUGGUGUGAGAUUGAAGGAAGGCGGCAGCCACAUUAACCGAAGUUUAUUGACCCUCACAACAGUCAUCAGGAAAUUAAGUGGUGGAGAACGUGGUCACAUACCAUAUAGAGGUUCAAAGCUUACAAGAAUUUUGCAGUCUUCGCUUGGGGGUAAUGCUCGGACAGCAAUUAUAUCAAUUAUAUGUGCUAUAAGUCCAGCCUUAAGUCACGUGGAUCAGACAAGAAAUACUUUAAAAUUUGCAACCAGUGCAAAGGAUGUCAUUAAUAAUGCUCAAGUAAACAUGAUUGUUUCGGAUAAAACACUGGUUAAACACCUGCAAAAGGAAGUGGCAAGGCUUGAAGAAGAGUUGCGAAGCCCAGAACUAACUUCAUCUUCAUGUUUAAGUCUUGUUAGCGAAAAAGAUUUGAAAAUUCAACAGCAAGAGUGGUCAAGGAUUUUUGUUUACUCUCAACUAAACUUGUUUAAGUUGUUGCAGGGAUUAGAUCAAAACGAGCCUUCUAGUCAAGUGGUCAGAUGCCUUUCUUUUCCUGUAGAGAAUGAAUCGACUCCGGGUGAACAUACUCAAGAACGAAGAGAAGCAGUAGGCAGGCAUGCAGUACUGAAGAAACUACUGGCUUCUCCUGAUCCAUCCGCACUGGUUACUGAAAUCCGGAAGCUUGAGAAUCGGCAGCUACAGCUCUGUGAGGAUGCUAAUCGGGCACUUGAAAAUCUGCAUAAAGAUUUUGCGGCCCACAAAUUUGGAAAUCAAGAAACUGCUGAAGCUAUGUCGAAAGUUCUGUCUGAAAUAAAAGACAUGCUAGUGGCCAGCUCCACCCCAGAAAAUAUUGUGGUUGCGGACAAAGCCAACUUGAUGGAAGAGAUCUCUCGAUUGAAGUCUCAAGGAAAUACUAUUGCAUCUCUAGAAAGGAAGUUAGAGAAUGUUCAAAAAUCCUUUGACAAGCUAGUCUUAUCUUUUCCGAGUACGGAAGGGACUCCAGAGAACAAGACCCAAGCGAAAAAGAAGAAAAUUGUUCCUUUCAGUUUAAGCAACAGCCCGAACGUGCAACAUAUAAUACGAGCCCCGUGCUCACCUUUAUCAUCUUCUUCUAGAGCCACGGAACAUGAAACAGAGAACAAGGCACCUGAAAAUGACAUUUCUCUUACAAAUAGCGAUAAAUGUCUAAGGUCACAUAGAGACGUGUUUCUUUCAACGGAAGGAAGUCCAACUAUGCAGCAAUCGAAGUCAAUGAAUGUUAAAAAGAUUCAGAAGAUGUUUAAGAAUGCCGUUGAGGAGAAUAUACGAAGCUUCAGAAUUUAUGUUACUGAGUUAAAAGAACUGGUGGCGAAACUGAAUUACCAAAAGCAGCUUCUGGUUUGCCAGGUUUUGGAGCUUGAAGCAAACAAAUUUGUGAAUGAAGGAGUAGAUGCAAGCGCACGAUCCCCCAUACCGUGGCAUAUUCUGUUUGAAGAGAAUAGAAAACAAAUAGUCAUGUUAUGGCAUUUAUGCCACAUUUCGCUUGUACAUCGCACUCAGUUUUAUCUUUUGUUAAGGGGAGACCCUUCUGAUCAGAUAUAUUUGGAGGUUGAACUGAGAAGGUUGACAUGGCUGGAGCAACACCUGGCAGAGCUAGGGAAUGCUAGUCCUGCACUUUUAGGGGACGAGCCUGCAGGCUCGGUUUCUGCGAGCAUCAAAGCUCUUAAGCAAGAAAGGGAGUAUCUAGCUAAGCGAGUGAACUCUAAACUUACGGCCGAGGAAAGAGAACUGCUUUUUGCUAAAUGGGAAGUUCCAGCAGUAGGGAAACAAAGGAGGCUGCAGCUGGUGAAUAAAUUGUGGAGUGAUCCAUAUAACAUGCAACAUGUACAAGAAAGUGCGGAAGUUGUAGCAAAGCUCAUUGAUUUUUGUGGAUCUGGUGAAGAUCUUAGCAAGGACAUGUUCGAACUGAACUUUGCCAGCCCUUCUGAUAAGAAAACAUGGGCGGGCUGGAACUUUAUAUCAAAUCUUUUGAAUUUAUGACACAAAUUUGUCGUUUUCACUUCAUUUAUCUUUUCUACUGGUCAAAGGUACAUCCUGUGAAGCACGGAAUAUUAGAGUGCAAAAUAUUUCUAUAUGAUCUCGU